AUGAACGCGAAUUCGAAAAUUAGUGAUCAGCUCGACGAGAUUUAUGACUGGAUCGACCAAAUCAAGUUUUCCAGGCCCAAAAAAAAUAUAGCCAGAGAUUUUUCCGAUGGCGUGUUGAUGGCAGAGCUAUUGAAACGUUAUUAUCCUAAGCACGUAGACGUGCACAAUUAUGUUGCCGGUAACAGCAUUGCGAGAAAAAUCGAUAAUUGGUGCACGCUUAAUCGCAAGGUGCUAUCGAAACUUGACAUGAGAUUGGGAAAAGAAGCGAUCAAUCAACUGGCCAAUUCCCAAUCAGGCAGUAUUGAGAAAGUUCUCGCUGAUUUAAGAGCCAAAAUUUUGAAAGACUGCAACGCCGACAGGGAGUCCUUGUACUCUGGCCAUGAAGAUAGCGAAGAAAUGGUAAAGUCGGUACUAAAUCCCGAUGAAAUAGCAAACAAAACUGUCCCCCGACACGUCUUUAUUCGCCUGAAACAAGAGCUACAAGAGAAAAAUGACACAAUCUCCACAUUACAGCAAAAAAUCUCGCAUCUGGAAAACAUAAUGAGAUUGAAAGAUCAGAGGAUCGAUGAUCUCACAGUGCAGAUCACAAGGCUGCCGAUCGAGAGAAAUGUUGCUACUUUGCGUCCUCAUAUUAUUGGCAGUGGAAUCUCGAAACUACAUACUUCUUCCAAGUUGUCCCAAUAGAUCUUGUGAGAGAUGCCAUGAUUGUACAUUGCAUAUGCAACCCACAAUGUA